AUGCCCAGGCUGCCAGCCACAGUGCUCCAGUGCUCCAGUGCCCCAGAGCUCCAGAGUCCCAGAGUCCCAGUGCCCCAGAGUCUCAGUGCUCCAGUGCUCCAGAGUUCCAGUGCUCCAGAGUCUCAGUGCUCCAGUCCCCCAGAGUCCCAGUGCUCCAGUGCCCCAGAGUCUCAGUGCUCCAGGAUCCCAGAGCUCCAGAGUCCCAGAGCUCCAGAGUCCCAGUGCCCCAGAGUCUCAGUGCUCCAGAGUUCCAGUGCUCCAGAGUCCCAGUGCUCCAGAGCUCCAGUGCCCCAGAGUCUCAGUGCUCCAGUGCCCCAGAGCUCCAGAGUCCCAGAGCUCCAGAGUCCCAGAGCCCCAGAGUCUCAGUGCUCCAGACCCCCAGAGUCCCAGAGCUCCAGAGUCCCAGUGCCCCAGAGUCUCAGUGCUCCAGUGCUCUCAUGUCUCUGA